AUGUUGAGAAUCUUAAUUGCGUGGUUUGCGCUACUAGUUCUAGGUGCGGAUAGGGUUGCGGCGCAGUCGAGCACGUCGUCGAGUGCAGUGCCGACGCAUGUGGUUUCGGUUGGUAUCGAAGGAUUGCAGUUUACGCCGACGGAAUUGAGUGCGAAUGUUAGUGAUGUGAUAGAAUUCCGAUUUUAUCCUCAAAAUCAUUCCGUGGCGAGAGCAGAAUAUGGAAGCAAUAGAGCGUGUAUUCCAUAUGAAGUUACGGGUAUCAACAAGAAGGGGUUUUGGAGUGAUUUUCAUCCGAUCAGUGUGGUUUUAAAUGAUCCUCCGAAAUUCCAAGUCGUUGUUAAUGAUACGAAUCCAAUCUUCUUUUAUUGUUCGGCUCCAGGGGCAUGUCGUGAGGAUGGAAUGAUUGGUGUAAUUAAUGCUAACUCAACUCAAACGUUCACAAAUCAAUUGGAAUAUGCGAAGAACUCCUCGUUACAAUUUAGUCCUGGCGAAAACUUCCCCGUCGAAGCCACUUCACCCUCAUCUUCGACUGCUCGUCCGACGUCUACCUCAUCCUCAGGCGACUUCCCCAGCACCACCACCUCCGCUUCCACAAUAAUCGUCACAGACUCUUCUCCCUCCUCUUCCUCAUCCACCAAGCUAUCCCCAGGCGCUAUAGCCGGAAUAGCCAUCGGCGCAUCCGCACUCGUCCUCCUAGCCAGCGCCCUCCUCUACCUCUGCGGCCGUCAACGCAGCAUCAGAGAAAUCAUCCAACACAACUCCCGUCCCUCAAACAUGACUUCCCAUACUCACCCCAAUCCGCAUCAUCCCGGUGGUCCCAACCCCCAAUCUUACAUCGCGCCCUCGGCAACUCUGUCCGAAACAACAUAUUACAACAAACCCCGACAUCUCAUGACGGAAAAUGAAAUUCGCGGGCUGGGACAAUUUUCCGGCGCGGGGAGUGAAAAUCAUUCGCAUCUUUCGGAUUCGAAUAUUGGAAGUGAGGGGUAUAGACGGACUCGCAGUCGCAGUCCGGGGGCGGAUGAGUAUGGGAUGGUUGUUCCGCCGUUGAAUCUAGGAGGGAGUGGGAGUGGGAGUGGGAGUGGGGAUGGAAGGAGAGGAGUUGAGGGGAGAGCAAGUCCGAAUGGUCAACAAGCACAUGUGAAUUCGGGUGGGAAUGUGAGUUUACCGAAUAGUCCUGGAAUGUCUGGAUCUUUAGGUGUGCAGAUGGGGAUGGGAGAGAGGUGGGAACGGGAAAGGGAGAGUGAGAGAUUGAGAGGACUGAGACCCUCUCCCUCCCCGGGAACUCCAAAUCAUUUCCACUCCCACGCUUCAUCAUCAGGACCCCACGAACUAGCAACGCAUCAGGAUCGAGAGAGUUUGCGCGGACAUGGCCAUGAUCGAUACGAUGAUCCGGAAAUAGAUAGGAGGUUAGCGAAGCAAGGGGGUGCGGACACCUUCUUUUGGGAUGAGGGAGAGUCGCGAUGA